CAUCAUUCGUGUGGACAAAGAAAACAAAACAAACAAACUCCCCAAAUUGAAACCCUAAACCCCGUCCGCCUUUCUCGCCGUCAUUUCCAUCCCAUCCCAUCCCAUCCCCCGUCCCUAAAAUCCCAAUUCUUCAUCAGAUAACCCUAAAAUCCUUCAAUCUCAGAGAACAAAAAUUCAUAAAGGGUUCAUUUUGUUCAUUCUUAAGCUAUGGCUGCAAAGAUUCUCGCAAACUUGAUUGUGAUGGGUGGGGGAAUCUUAGCAAGAGCAGUUGUCCAGGCAUAUCGUCAAGCCCUUACCAAUGCCUCAAAAAAUGGCGUUGCACAAGAAACAAUACAAAAUACUAUCCGCAAAGCUAAGAUUACAGAGCAAGAAGCUCGGCAGAUUCUUGGUGUUACUGAAGAAAUGUCCUGGGAGGAAAUUACGAAGAAAUACGAGAAAAUGUUUGAGAAUAAUGCCAAGAGUGGGAGUUUUUACCUCCAGUCAAAAAUUUAUCGGGCGAAGGAAUGUCUGGAGCAGACACUCAAAAAAGGCGAGGGUGAUGGAAACCCUAGUUGAGGACUCGGUUUUUCUCCAUCAAUUUUGCGCCAUCUUAUGUGGUCAUUUUGGCCACCAUGUUGUGUACGAAUUUAUGCAAUCAUAAACUAAAUUCAUUCUACUAUAAAAAUUAUUUGUAAAUGUGUAGUUGGGAAAUUGGGAAUUUACUGCAAAUAAUGAAAGCUAUCUGAAGAACCGCGGCGAUUUCAAUGCUUUUAAUUUAACAUAAAAUGUUGAUCAAAAUGAUAUCAGUAACCAAGAAUAUCAAUAGUAAGAAAACAUCUACCUGUUUUUCACUA